AAGCAGUACUACUGUAGCACUCGUUAGCUGCGGCUGUUUUGUUCCAGUUGUUUCGGUUGCAGCACGUUACGAUGUCCUUACGGAGCUCAGGGACAUCAUGUGCGGUUUAUGGCUGUACACACAACCGGGUCAAGCUUAACCUGUGGCUUAAGCAAGAGUGUUGUGUACACAGACCAAAAAUGAAGGCAGACUGCUCCUGUCAGCGCUGGUACAGUUUCCAUCGCCUCCCAAAGGAAGAUGAGGCUAAACGAGCAUGGUUAAAAAACCUGAACUUAAAGAAGCCUCCCAAAACGCUUUAUGUGUGCUCCUUUCAUUUUGUGGACAAAAAGCCGACGCAGGACAACCCAUACCCCACACUGUUUCUGGGUUACGAGAGGCCACCAGAGAAGAGGCGCCGAGUCACAAGGAGGGAAGACGAAAGUGUCUUAACAGGUAUCUUGGAAAAUCAAACUAAGAUGUUCAUCAUGAGAGAGCAGGUGGAUGUGAUCUGCUGUAAAUCAGUAGGAACUGAUCUGUCCAUGCUGGAUAUUGAUGAUUUCAUCACAGAAAUCUCUCAGCUGAAGAAAGAGGUGACGUCACUGAAGACAAAACUGAUGGAGAGAGAUCUCAUUUCACCCUCUGCCUGUUCUGAACAGAGAUCCAGAGACACACAGGACUCACAGCUCACUUUACUCUGUUCUACUGAUGCUCAGGAGAGUGUGUGUGACAGUAAUCAGGGUGAUCAAACCUCCACAGAGUCUCUGACUUCUGUCUGUAACGCUGGAGAACAGCAGAUGCUGCAGACACCAGUGAAGAUUGAAGUGAAGCAGGAGGAGAUAAAAGAAGAAAACACAACAGAGGAACAACAGAGAGAUGAAGAUGAUGAUGAUGAUGAACAGCAGAUGCUGCAGACAUCAGUGAAGAUUGAAGUGAAGCAGGAGGAGAUAAAAGAAGAAAACUCAACAGAGGAAGAACUGAGUAAUGAAGAUCCUCCAGGUAUUGUGGAGAAUCAAACGAAGAUGUUCAUCAUGAGAGAGCAGGUGGAUGUGAUCUGCUGUAAAUCAGUAGGAACUGAUCUGUCCAUGCUGGAUAUUGAUGAUUUCAUCACAGAAAUCUCUCAGCUGAAGAAAGAGGUGACGUCACUGAAGACAAAACUGAAGGAGAGAGAACUAUAUUCAUCCUGCACCUGUUUUGAGCGAGUUAAAGUUGAGAUUGAGCUGGAAAAGGUUUCCUGUCAGUCUUCAGUGUGUGUGACUGAUGGGACCUCCACAGAAUGUCAGGAUUCAGUGUGGAGCGGCAGAGAUCAGUCCACACCACAGCAGCUGCUGGACAAACUCUCUGAACAGAGAUCCAGAGACAAACAGGACUCAAAGCUCACUUUACUCUGUUCUACUGAUGCUCAGGAGAGUCUGUGUGACAGUAAUCAGGGUGAUCAAACCUCCACAGAGUCUCUGACUUCUGUCUGUAACGCUGGAGAACAGCAGAUGCUGCAGACACCAGUGAAGAUUGAAGUGAAGCAGGAGGAGAUAAAAGAAGAAAUCACAACAGAGGAACAACAGAGAGAUGAUGAAGAUGAUGAUGAACAGCAGAUGCUGCAGACACCAGUGAAGAUUGAAGUGAAGCAGGAGGAGAUAAAAGAAGAAAUCACAACAGAGAAACAACAGAGAGAAGAUGAUGAUAAUGAUGAUGAACAGCAGAUGCUGCAUAUACCAGUGAAGAUGUGUUCAGUGAAGCUGCUGGACUGCAGGAACCUGAUGAAGAUGAGAGUGAAGACUGAAGAAACUGCAGCAGAGGAACAAAAGAGCAAAGAUGAUUUUAUUCCUUCAGUGUGUGUGACUGAUGGGACCUCCACAGAAUGUCAGGAUUCAGUGUGGAGCGGCAGAGAUCAGUCCACACCACAGCAGCUGCUGGACAAACUCUCUGAACAGAGAUCCAGAGACACACAGGACUCACAGCUCACUUUACUCUGUUCUACUGAUGCUCAGGAGAGUGUGUGUGACAGUAAUCAGGGUGAUCAAACCUCCACAGAGUCUCUGACUUCUGUCUGUAAUGCUGGAGAACAGCAGAUGCUGCAGACACCAGUGAAAAUUGAAGUGAAGAAGGAGGAGAUAAAAAAAGAAAUCACAGCAGAGGAACAACAGAGAAAUGAAGAUGAUGAUGAGCAGCAGAUGCUGCAGACAUCAGUGAAGAUGUGUUCAGUGAAGCUGCUGGACUGCAGGAACCUGAUGAAGAUGAGAGUGAAGGUUGAAGUGAAACAGGAGAUUAAAGAAGAAAUCACUGCAGAGAAUCAACAGAGUGAUGAAGAUGAUGAUGAUUUUUUUCCUUCAAAGCUUAUGGAAGUGCAAGAGGAAAGUCAAGAACUGAAUGAAGUGGAGGAGAAACUUCAGGAUCAGAUACAUCUUGAUUUCACAACUGGAGAAAAAUCUCUGAGUGACUCAAAGACUGAGAAGAAUUCAACACGUAAAUGCCAGCCUGAAAUACACAUGAGAAUUCAUACGGGAGAGAGACCUUACACGUGCCAUCAGUGUGAAAAAAGUUUUGCAUAUGCAGGCCAACUCAAAGAUCAUCUCCUCUUGCACUCUGGAGAAAGACCAUUUGAAUGUGAUAUAUGUGGUAAAACAUUUGUUUUGAAUUCAGUCUUAAAACAACAUCUGAAACUGCACACAAAUGAGAAGCCUUACCAGUGUUCUUUUUGUGGAAAGAGUUUUACACUCCUGUCCUAUUUGAAAGAGCACCAGAAAAUACACACCGGCCUGAGAGCUCAUGUGUGCUUUGAAUGUGGGAAGACAUUUAUUAAAUCCAGUGACUUGAAACAGCACCACAGAAUGCAUACUGGAGAAAAACCCUACAAGUGUUCACACUGUGAAAAGACUUUCACCCGGACAGAAAACUUGAAAGCACACAAGAGAAUCCACACUGGAGAGAAACCUUACAAGUGCUCACACUGUGAAAAGAGUUUCAAUCAGACAAAAAACCUAAAAACACACAGGAGAAUCCAUGUUGGAGAGAAACCUUAUAAGUGCUCACUCUGUGGAAAGAGUUUCAAUCAGUCACAAAACCUGAAAACACAUGAGAGAAUCCAUUCUGGAGAGAAACCUUACAAGUGCUCACACUGUGAAAAGAGUUUCAAUCAGUCACAAAACCUGAAAACACACAAGAGAAUCCAUUCUGGAGACAAACCUUACAAGUGCUCGCACUGUGGAAAGAGUUUCACUUUGUUACAACACCUGAAAAAACAUGAGAGAAUUCAUACUGGAGAGAAACCUUACAAGUGUUCACACUGUGGAAAGAGUUUCACUUUGGUACAUCACCUGAAAAAACAUGAGAGAAUUCAUACUGGAGUGAAACCUUACAAGUGUUCACACUGUGGAAAGAGUUUCAGUAUGUCAAACAAUCUGAAAACACAUGAGAGAAUUCAUACUGGAGAGAAACCUUACAAAUGCUCACACUGUGAAAAUAGUUUCAGUGCCUCAAAAUACCUGAAUAAACACGUGAGAAUCCAUACUGGAGAAAAACCUUACAAGUGUUCACACUGUGGAAAGAGUUUCAGUAUGUCAAACAAUCUGAAAACACAUGAGAGAAUUCAUACUGGAGAGAAACCUUACAAACCAUUUGAAUGUGAUAUAUGUGGUAAAACAUUUGUUUUGAAUUCAGUCUUAAAACAACAUCUGAAACUGCACACAAAUGAGAAGCCUUACCAGUGUUCUUUUUGUGGAAAGAGUUUUACACUCCUGUCCUAUUUGAAAGAGCACCACAAAAUACACACCGGCCUGAGAGCUCAUGUGUGCUUUGAAUGUGGGAAGACAUUUAUUAAAUCCAGUGACUUGAAACAGCACCACAGAAUUCACACUGGAGAAAAACCCUACAAGUGUUCACACUGUGAAAAAACUUUCACCCGGUCAGAAAACUUGAAAGCACACAAGAGAAUCCACACUGGAGAGAAACCUUAUAAGUGCUCACACUGUGAAAGGAGUUUCACUCAAUCAAAAAACAUGAAAACACACAAGAGAAUCCAUACUGGAGAGAAACCUUACAAGUGCUCACACUGUGAAAAGAGAUUCACUCAGUCAAAAUACCUGAAAAUACAUGAGGAAAUUCAUACUGGAGAGAAACCUUACAAGUGCUCACUCUGUGGAAAGAGUUUCAGUGUCUCAAAAUACCUGAAAAAACACGAGAGAAUUCAUACUGGAGAGAAACCUUACAAGUGCUCACACUGUGGAAAGAGUUUCAGUGUGUCAAACAACCUGAAAACACAUGAGAGAGUUCAUACUGGAGAAAAACCUUACAAGUGUUCACUCUGUGGAAAGACUUUCACUCUUUUACACAACCUGAAAACACAUGAGAGAAUUCAUAGUGGAGAAAAACCAUACAUGUGCUCGCACUGUGGAAAGACAUUCACUUUGUUACAACAAAUGAAAAAACACGAGAGAAUCCAUACUGGAGUGAAACCUUACAAGUGUUCACACUGUGGAAAGAGUUUUGCUCAGUCAUACAACCUGAAAAAACACGAGAGAAUUCAUACUGAAGAAAAACCUUACAAGUGCUCACAGUGUGGAAAGACUUUCACUUUGGUACAACACUUAAAAAAACAUGAGAGAAUGCAUACUGGAGAGAAACCUUACAAGUGCUCACAGUGUGGAAAGACUUUCACUUCAGUACACCACUUGAAAAAACACGAGAGAAUUCAUACUGGAGUGAAACCAUACAAGUGCUCACAGUGUGGAAAGAGUUUCGCUGAAUCAUAUAAUCUGAAAAAGCAUGAGAGAAUCCAUACUGGAGAGAAACCUUACAAGUGCUCAUACUGUGAGAAGAGAUUCACUCAGUCAGAAAACUUGAAAACACACAAGAGAAUUCAUUCUGGAGAAAAACCUUACAAGUGCUCACACUGUGGAAAGACUUUCACUUCGGUACAACACCUGAAAAUACAUGAGAGAAUUCAUACUGGAGAGAAACCUUACAAGUGCUCACUUUGUGGAAAGAGUUUCAGUGCAUCAAAAUACCUGAAAAAACACGAGAGAGUUCAUACUGCUCAUGUUGGAGGAGUUUCAUCUUAGCAAGUCAUGUAGUUACUCAUAUGAAAAAGUGUUUUCCAAAGUAAUCACAGAGAGAUGUCCAUCUUCAGGUGCAAUGCUUCAAAUAAAUUGUUGAAAAUUCAAAUAAACAGCUGUACAAUGUCUUAAUGCUUCAGUCUUGAAACUGACUGGUUUCCAACCUGCUCUGCCUUCCAAAUGCAGCCUGUUUGUACUUGGGCUUGACCAGCCCUCACAGAGUGGACUGUCAAUUCCUUUAGCUCUAAGACCUGCCUGGUCUUCUCCUGCUCGUCGCCUAAGCAGAUGGCCUUUAGUGGCAGCUGUAAGGCACUUCUUCCAAACAACGCUACAUCUGAAACAAUGUGUCAAGCCCAGCCUCUUCGUGAUUUAACCGUUGGCCUUGUUAUCCAUCUUUGCCACUGCUGCUGCAGUGAUUUCACUCAUUUUUAGUGGCCACAUCAGAUGACAUUGCUAAACAUAACUUCAAGCAUUUAAAAUAAUUAUUCAAUAGCCAGUAAUUUUUUUUAUAUAUAUAAAAAUUGUUUCCUCAGUCUGACUUUGUGUCUUGUAUCAAGAAAUUGGCUUAAUUGUAGUUUAAGUGGUCAGUAAA